AGCAGGAAUAGCCACCCGGAAAUGGUUCCUAUGUAGCUGUGAUCGUGGUUGAGUUACUAAUUAAAUAUCUAAAGGAGUUAUAGACCUUGCUAAUUAGAUGUGACGAUUCACUAGUAUUCAUGGAUUAUCUAAAUUGAAGACUGGUACACCAUCACAUCAAUGAAAAUGUGCGACACGGAUAAGAAGAAAAUGAAGCCAGCCACACUUCCUAGAGGGCAAAGACCAGCACUACCUCCCAAACCUCAAUUCCCUCUCAUAGAGGGACUUAAAGUAAAGGAUAUCUGCCAUACUGGUGAUGCUGUUAGUGAGUGUCAUGGUAACAGCUCAGUCAUUGAACCAUCUAGAAAUCUGACCAGUACCAUAGCGGAGCCUACCAUAGCUUUGCAUGAUACUCAAAUAACCAAAGUGCCUCCAAAACCUCCAGUUAAACCAAGGCGUACAUGUGAAAAACGAGAAAAAAUACAGGCUAGACUUUCUUACGGCUCUGUUGAAGAUUGUAAUCAUACUCAUGAUGAAACAUCGGCAGAUACGUUAAAUGAAAAUUCAGAUGCAUGGAAAAAUGACAGUACCCCAUCUAGUUGGUUUAUUCAAAAGAUUCACAGGCAAACCCUUGAUAAAGAUGAAUGUAAGAAAACUGACUCUACUUCUCAUAGUUCUUUGAUUCGCCCAUCACCAACACCAAGAAGUUUUUACAACAAGCCAAAUGCUGAAGACCAUAAUACUGGCAGUUCUCAUGAUGUAGUUGGCAAACCAGAAAAGACAGAUGCUACUGUUCCUGCAAAGCCGGCAAGAAAAGGAAAAAAACACAAACAUGGCAAAAAAGAUACAGAAAGUGGUGGUAGUGUUGUGGUGAUACAAAAGGUAGAAGAAGGUCAUGUUGCUGUACUUGGUGUACUACCAUUGAAUAGCCCUGAAGAAGAUGUGGAAAAUGAUUCAAAAAACAAUAGCAAGACUGAAGUCAUAGAAAGCCGGAAGAAGAGUACACCUCCACGUCCCCCGCCUCCAUCUAUAGGCCCAAAACCUAAACCUAGACUGUCUUUGAAUAAAAAAGAAGUUCAAAACGUUGCUAAGGAAGGCCAAGAAAAGAAAACUGGUGUUGCUUUGAAGCCUAUUGAGGAAAAACAAGACCAAGAUAAGAAAACUGGAGUUGCUUUGAAAUCCAUUAAGGCUAGCACAGACCAGCAAGUCAGAUCUAUUGAGAGUUUGAAAUCUGACGAAGAAAAGGAAAGUAAGGAAGUGAAAGACUUUGAUCACUUAGAAUCUGAUAAAGAAAAGGAACAGUCAGAGCAAACCGUUCAUCUGAAAGUUGCUGACCCCAAAUCUGGGAGAAAAAUGGGAGAAUCAGAAAUUAAAAAGAAGUCAACAAAAAAAGCGCCUCCCACUCCAUCUAGGUCUGAUUCAUUGACAAAAUAUAUUGAGAAUAAAGUGAAAAGUGGUGAUAUUACAGCUGUACACUCUAAAAAGGAAGAGUUGUCUUCCAGCCAUAAAGAAGAUGUAUCUGAUCAACCCAGUGGUAGAGUGAGACCUGCUCGACCAGCACCCCCAGUAUUGCCCAAAUUGAAAUCACCAAUUACCUCAGAUAGAAGAAACUCUAACGAGCUGAAACCUGCGAAGGUGAAACCCCCAAGACCUGCCCCACCUAGACCACCAUCAAUGAAAGUGUCAGUUAGGGAGCACAGCAUAGAAACUACAACAGACUCGAAAAUUGUUGUUUCAACUCAAUCGGAAGAUAAAACAGAACAGCCUACCAUGCCUUCCAAGCUUGUGUCCACUAGAGUGGCUCUGUUUGAAGCCAAGUUACAACAAGAUACCUACAAUUAUGAAUGUAUUCGUCAACAUUCAGACCAGGAUGAAAAUGACAGUAGUGUUGUAGACCAUGAAUUUGAUGAGAGCAGCUCAGAUGACGAACAAGAUUCUGGACCAGAAGAUGAUGAACCAAUCUCUGAAGAUGAAAAGAAAAAAAAAUAG